AUGCUAAAAUGCAUUUCUAAUGACGCAAAACGACAGCCUAUAGACACACUUCUUAACGAAAUAGGACGAGGUGAUCUCGUAUUACAAGAUACCGAAUACGAAACCAUUCAGGCUCUGAUAAAGUUUCGAGAGAAUUUUAAGAAAAUCGUUGAUGUUCUAAGUUCAGAAACCCAACCUACUAUGAAUCUGGUUCUAGUGUUUUGGUCAGAAGUGAAAAAAUUGCUUGAAGAAGCGAAUGAUGACGCGGCUCUCGCAAUAGCUAGGCUCAAAAAUAACAUGUUUGAGAGUUUGAACUCCCGAUUUCCUUUAACCGGUGUGGUCGUUGCGUCAACUUUGCUUGAUUGUAGAUUUAAUGCCAUUCAUGAAAUUGAUGAAUUUAUGCAAAAAAGAGAAGUCACUAAGGUUUCAUUCCUAUCAACAAUGGUCAGAAAUCGCUUGACAACAGAGGAUCUUCGUCAAAAUGAAAUCAUUGAUACCGCUAAAGCUAGGCCGACUUCUUCUGCUGGUUCUUUAAACUUUUUACUGGAGUUGGUGUGA